CCAUAUAUUGUGCAGGUUAAAUGUGUUUCCCCUAUAUAAUGGUGGCAUUUUUCCCAAGACAAAGCAACACAAGAGCUAAAAUAAGUCAGAACUUCUCUAGAUAGUUUUUGACAAGUGCAAUGAAAGGUUAUGAGAUUCUUGGUUUCUUAGGAAUUCUAAGGGAGUGCAUAAAGGUUAUAUCCAAAAAUGGGAAGCUCAUAGCCACCAUAACCACAAUCUCCAUCCUCCUAAAGUCCAUCCUCUUGGUCAUGAUGUCCUCCUCCACCAGGCCCGCGAUCAGCGACUUACUCACCCAAGAUACCCUUCUCUCUCUUUCGAACUCCAAUACGACAAAUAUCACGUUCCAACGUAUCACAAAAGAUGUUCAGAUCAUCAUCAGCUAUGAAUUCCUGUAUUUGCUUCCUUCCUUGGCUAUCUCCCUCUUUUCCUUUGUCACAAUGGUUCUGGCAUCGGUUGUAGCUUACACCGAUAGGAACCUGUCUUUUGCGGAUUUUCUUCGGAGAAUCCCAAAGUUGUGUUUUAGAACUUUAGUAACUUUGUUCCACCUUAAACUUCUCGUGACAGGUUACUUCGGCCUUUUCUUAAUUUUGUCGAUUUCUCUAAUGAUUCUAUGUAUCAGUCACCUUCUUGUCCUAAUACCCAUCAUCUUCACACUUGGCAUUUUCGCCUCGAUUUUGUACUUAUACUUGGCUGUCGUUUGGAAGAUGGCCUCGGUGAUUUCAGUGAUCGAGAAGAGCUGUUAUGGACUUCAGGCAAUUGGAAAAGCUGAAGGGCUUGUUAAGGGGAAGAGGCUACAUGGGUUUACACUAAGUCUUCUCAGUACAAUAGUAAUGGUGAUUAUUAGUCAGAGUUUUAAGGUUAGACCAAAUCAACAAUCCGUAUCGAUGCAGAUCAUCUGUGGAUUUUUCGCAACGGCUUUUAAUAGCCUGGUGGCAAUGGUUUAUCUCUUGAGCUACACAGUUUUGUAUUUCCAGUGCAAGGAAACACAUGGUGAAGAGGUUGAAUUGCAAGAAAGCUUAGAGUAUAGUAAAAUCCCUGAGAAAGAAGCUGCACAAGGGCUUGUUCGUGUGUGAUAUUAAUUUGUUGGCUUGAUUUCUUACUUUUACUCUUUUUCCCUUCAAAUGUAUUGUAGUAUUAUCUUUUUAAUUUGUGUGCCCUAGCAUUGUAGCACAUGUAUGUAUGCAUCGAAUAAUGUUAUUGAAUUGUAUAAUAGUAAAAAGUUUAUAUAGGAUGAUGCCUAUUCGCAUUUAAA